CAACCUCCAAGCACGCCAUGCCCGCCAGGAUUGCAACACCAAGGGCUCUACCAAUCCUGGUGUAUACUUGCACGUUGAUACUCCAAAUCAGAUGGAAACAGUAUACCGGUCCACAAUUUGCGGGUAAACGCUUCAGUAUUGCGCUUACGAUGUGCUCCGGAUCCAAUAAUGCGAUGGAAAUUGGGGCUUUCAUGAAUCAUGGCAUUCCCCAAAUAUCAGAAGACAUAGCAUCUUGGAUCGUUCCUGAAAUCCCUGAAACUAUUCUUGAGUGGAUUGACCAAAAGUCCUGGUAUUCACCGUAUCCGAACACGACUAGAUACUAGGCGAUAUCGAAAUGGGCACCGCCGACCUUUCAGUUGAAGCAGCGGCAGACGUCCAAGAUGCCGCCAAAGUCCCCGAAAAGGGUGUCUUCUACCGGCGCGUCUUCUUCCAAGCGACCGUGGUAGGAUUGUGCGCUUUCCUCGCGCCAGGUCUCUACAAUGCAAUGCAGUCGACUGGCGCCGGUGGGCAGCAGUCACCAUACCUUGUCAUGGCCGCAAACUCUGUCCUCGGCGCCACGAUGGUUCUAACAUGUGCUCUUGGGAGCGUGGUUGCGAAUUGGGUAGGUCUGAAAAACGCGUUGAUUUUUGGGACUACGGGAUAUUGUGUAUAUGCCGCCUCACUAUAUACGAACAAUCGAUACGGAAAUGAAUGGUUUGUAUACUUGGGUGCCACGGCUUGUGGUAUUACAGCAGGGGUUUUCUGGGCUGCGGAGGGAGCUAUCAUGAUUGGGUACCCGAUUGAUUCCCAGCGAGGACGGUAUCUGGCAUAUUGGUUAGCAUAUCGAAACGGCGGGUCCAUCGUCGGUGGCAUUAUCAAUCUUGCAUUCAACUACUCUGGAAAGUCAACCGGAAAGCUUGACUGGAGAACUUACAUCGUGUUUGUAGCUCUGCAAUGCGUCGCCCCCCUUGUCGCAUUGUUCCUAUCUCCCCCGGAGAAAGUCCAACGUGCCGAUGGACAGAAAGUCAAAACAGCAGAGAGGGUCAGCACGGUCCGCGAGAUCAAGGAGAUUCUCAAGAUCCUCAUCCGCAAAGACUUCCUCCUUAUGCUCCCCUUCUUCUUCUACGCAACUUUCCUCCUUUCCUAUGCUAGCUCCUACCUAACCCUUUACUUCAGCGUGCGAGCGCGUGCCCUGGCAUCCCUGAUAUCCGCCCUCGCGCAAAUCACCGCCAAUUUCUUCUUCGGCAGCUUUCUCGACUGGCAGCGGUUCACUCUGAACCAGCGCGCACGGUUCUCAUACAUAUUCAUUAUGGCUCUGUUCGGGGGCACGUGGAUUUGGGGAGCCGUCGUGCAACAUGACUACGAGAUAGUUGCCCCGGCUUUAGAUUGGGUUGAUAACGGGUUUGGGAGAGGUUGGGCAUUUUACAUUUUGAUGCAGGUUAAUUUUGCUCUGGCAUAUAACUACGGCUACUGGCUUGCGGGAUAUGUAGCCAGAGGCCCAGCUGAGAUCAUUCGGCUGACUUCGACUGUUCGGGCUGUUGAGGCUGCUGGUGGUGCUGUGGCAGCUGGGAUUAGCUCCACUUCUGCACCGCUCAUCGCUGCGUUGGGGGUUAAUUUUGGUCUAUGGGGGCUCGCCGUGGUGCCGACGUACUUCGUAGCGAGGAAGAUUGGACUGAGUGCGCACGAAGCUGGGGAUAAUGAAAUAGAUCAGGUGUAGCUGAGGCUAGGUUUGUUCAGUGGUUGAAAAGAUGAAGGGGGGUAUUUAAUAAAUUCAUUGAAAUUGGCUAAUUAGACCACUAUGAUAGGUAUAUCGUGAUUC